CCUAGUAUUAAAAGCGACGGUUAUGUAGAACGCGAAGGAUUAAUGCGUACGCCAUCGACUUCGCAGUUUAAAACACUACCGGCAAAGUACACAUUCAGCAAGACUUGAUAGCGUCGAAAAUUCACAGAAGAAGUUCUAGAGUCAUCUCGCAGUGGAUUCUUUCUAUAUAAUAUUCCGGAUCAUGCUGAAAUCAGAAAGAAAUCGCAUAGCAGAAAACCAUUAUUUUCCUUGAGCAGCGCUGCAGUGCUAUCAGUCUGUCCUGUUGGAUCUGAACAGAAGAUCGAUCUGCGAUACAACACACCGCAUUGGGUUAUACUUGGGAUAUUCUCUCUUGUCGCAUUAGAUUAAGAUUUAGUAUAAAGGAGGUUAUUGGUUUGCCGAGAGGACUGAGCUACAGUUAAACUGGGAUGGACAAUGCCCAUACUAAGACGGUUGAGGAGGUGCUGGGAUAUGUCGGUGUCAACGAGACAACGGGACUGAGCUCCGAGCAGUUAAGGAAGAGUAGGGAAAGAUGGGGCACCAAUGAGUUACCUGCAGAAGAAGGGAAGUCACUAUGGGAACUUGUUCUGGAACAGUUCGAGGAUCUGCUCGUUCGGAUUCUUCUUCUCGCAGCCUGUAUUUCCUUUACUCUGGCCUGGUUUGAGGAAGGUGAAGGAACCAUCACAGCCUUCGUAGAGCCUUUUGUUAUCCUUCUUAUUCUCAUUGCGAAUGCCAUUGUAGGGGUGUGGCAGGAGCGUAAUGCAGAAAAUGCCAUUGAAGCACUAAAAGAAUAUGAGCCAGAGAUGGGGAAGGUGUACAGACAGGACAGGAAGAGUGUACAGAGGGUCAGAGCCAGAGACAUUGUGCCUGGAGACAUUGUGGAGGUGGCAGUUGGUGACAAAGUCCCAGCAGAUAUCAGACUGACAUCCAUACGCUCUACUACUCUCAGAGUGGACCAGUCCAUCCUGACAGGGGAGUCUGUAUCCAUCCUGAAACACACAGACCCAGUGCCUGACCCCCGCGCUGUCAACCAGGACAAGAAAAACAUGCUCUUUUCUGGGACAAACAUUGCAGCAGGGCGAGCGAUAGGUGUAGUAGUGGCCACAGGUGUACACACUGAGAUUGGGAAGAUCAGAGAUGAGAUGGCAGCCACCGAUCCAGAAAGAACCCCUCUGCAGCAGAAACUAGACCAGUUUGGAGAGCAACUCUCAAAGGUGAUCACGGUGAUCUGUGUGGCAGUAUGGGGUAUUAACAUCGGUCACUUCAGUGACCCCGUGCAUGGAGGCAGCUGGCUGCGUGGAGCUGUGUACUACUUUAAGAUCGCCGUAGCCCUGGCUGUAGCUGCCAUUCCUGAGGGUCUUCCUGCUGUGAUCACUACUUGCCUGGCACUUGGCACACGCCGCAUGGCCCGCAAAAAUGCCAUAGUCCGUUCCCUACCAUCUGUGGAGACCCUCGGCUGCACUUCUGUCAUCUGCUCUGACAAGACGGGCACACUCACCACCAACCAGAUGUCCGUCUGCAGGUUGUUUAUUGUCGACGUUGUCGCGGGUGAGAGGUGUCUACUGAACGAGUUUACAGUUACUGGAUCUACUUAUGCACCUGAAGGGGAAGUGUAUAAGGAUGAUGUACAGGUACGCUGCAGUCAGUAUGAGGGUUUGGUGGAAAUGGCUUCUAUCUGUGCCCUGUGUAAUGACUCCUCACUGGACUACAAUGAGAGUAAAGGGGUGUAUGAGAAAGUGGGUGAGGCAACUGAGACGGCUCUGUGUUGUCUGGUGGAGAAGAUGAACGUGUUUGACACAGACCUGAGAGGCCUUGCACCUUCUGAAAGAGCCACAGCCUGCUGCUCGGUCAUAAAGCAGUUAAUGAGGAAGGAGUUGACUCUGGAGUUUUCUCGAGACAGGAAGUCAAUGUCUGUUUUCUGCUCCCCAAACAAACUCACUCGCUCAGCUUCAGGGGCAAAGAUGUUUGUUAAGGGGGCGCCAGAGAGUGUGCUGGAGCGUUGCCGCUGGAUACGGGUAGGUGGUGGUACUCGGGUGCCACUGACCUCUGACCUAAGGGAGCAGCUCUUAGGCACAGUAAGAGAAUGGAGCACGGGUCGUGACACACUACGCUGUCUUGCCAUAGCAACCAGGGACUCGCCCCCCGACACUCGUACUCUGAAUUUAGAAAACUCUGCAGGCUUCUCAGAAUAUGAGUCGGACUUGACAUUCGUGGGCUGUGUGGGAAUGUUGGAUCCGCCCAGGAAGGAGGUACUGAAUGCAGUGCGGAUGUGCAGACAGGCAGGCAUACGGGUCAUCAUGAUCACAGGUGACAAUAAAGGCACAGCCUUGUCUAUCUGUCGUCGCGUGGGCAUCAUCACGGAACAGGAGGAAGAGGAGGCUGAAGGCGGUCCAUUUGGGAGUGGUCUCACAGGACGAGAGUUUGAUGAGUUGCCACCCCACCUGCAGCGUCAGGCCUGCCGCACUGUCCGCUGUUUCGCCCGAGUCGAGCCAGCACACAAGAGCCGCAUCGUUGAAUACUUGCAAAGCCUCAGUGAUAUCACGGCUAUGACGGGCGAUGGUGUGAAUGACGCUCCUGCUCUGAAGAAGGCUGAGAUUGGUAUUGCCAUGGGCUCAGGCACAGCAGUGGCUAAAUCUGCUUCAGAGAUGAUCUUAGCCGACGAUAACUUUUCAACCAUCGUGGCUGCAGUGGAAGAGGGCCGAGCUAUUUACAACAACAUGAAACAGUUCAUCCGCUACCUUAUUUCUUCUAACAUCGGAGAGGUAGUCUGUAUUUUCCUCACAGCUGCUUUGGGUAUGCCUGAGGCUCUCAUCCCAGUCCAGCUGCUGUGGGUCAAUCUGGUGACGGAUGGCUUCCCAGCCACUGCUCUUGGUUUCAAUCCCCCUGACCUGGACAUCAUGUCCCGCCCUCCACGCUCCCCCAAAGAACCACUCAUUUCUGGCUGGCUCUUCUGCAGAUACCUCAUCAUUGGCUGUUAUGUAGGAGCAGCUACAGUUGGUGCUGCUGCCUGGUGGUUCAUGGCCGCACAUGAUGGACCAAAGCUCAACUUCUAUCAGCUGUCUCACUAUUUGCAGUGCAGUGAAGGUCAUGUUGAGUUUGCAGGCGUGCAGUGCUCAGUGUUUGAAUCUCCGUACCCCAUGACUAUGGCCUUGUCUGUGCUGGUCACCAUUGAGAUGUGUAAUGCCCUCAACAGUUUGUCAGAAAAUCAGUCACUACUCAAGAUGCCACCGUGGUCGAACCCUUGGCUGGUAGGAGCCAUCUGUCUCUCCAUGGCCCUACACUUCCUCAUCUUAUAUGUGGAUCCUCUUCCUGUCAUAUUCCAGAUCAGGCCGUUGUCUUGGCAACAGUGGGUGACUGUUCUGAAGAUGUCCCUGCCUGUUAUUCUAAUGGAUGAAGCCCUGAAGUUCUUGGCCAGAAACUACAUUGAGCCUGGAAAUGACCUGUAUCUGGAGGAAGAGCAAGACCAUGCAAGUGCAGCUGGGGGCCUGAUUGGAAAGCUGCGGCAGGCAUUCAGGGGCGUGUCCUGGCCAUUUGUCUUCAUCUCUGCCCCAUUGCUGGUCUGGAUCUUUAGCCUGGACUCAGACAUUACUAAUAUCUUCUGGGAUUAGAAAGGAGUUUGUGUGAGUGUGAGUGUGUCUGAGUCAGAGAGCGAGAGAGAGAGAGAGAAAGGCAGGCAGUCAGUCAGAGAGAGAGAGUGAGCAAGCUGAGAUUUACAAAGCUGCAUGGAGCUGCUAUAGGUGGUUGGUGUAUAGAUGGCUGUAGAAGAAGUGAACGGAUCUAAUGUAGAAAUUAAUUUGGUGACAGUGGAAUUUAGAGAGGUACAGAUGAAAGGGCAGAACCAGGACAAUCACAGAUAAAGGGAUGCUGGGAAAAGGGAUUGUAUUGAGUCAUGAUCGUCUUCUGCCUUUCACAUGUCACUGUCAGACAUUCUGAGAUUUUGCAUUCUUCUUUCAGUUUUGCAUUAUUGUUAUUAUUAUUUAUUUUUUAAGAUGAAAGUACACAAACAUCUGUGUUAAUUUUAACCUAAAAAAAUGUAUAAUUUGAGUUAUUAAUGUUAGUGUAGAGAAAAUGUUAGUGUAGAGAAAAUGAGUUGCUUCUUUAGCAAUACAUAACAGCCCAAAAGAACUACAAUUGUUUGGAUUUGGACUAUGAAUAACCAAUUUUUCAUGACAAAUUAUAUUUUGACCAUAUUUGGUCACAUUACCCUUAUUCAUAGACAUUUUCACUAUGAUUGUUCAUUCUAUAUAUGUGUCUUGUUCAUUAUGAGGUGAAUUGUAUUUUUCAUUUGUUUUCACUUAAAAUAUCUAAAUAUCCUUAAACAUUUACUUAAGAUUACGACUUGUUUUCAGAGGUUAUCUUGAAUUAAAAUGGUUCUUACCCCAUUGGCAUUUUUUUUUUUUUUUUUUUUAAACAUACAUCUUACUAAAUUUAGUGAGAUUUCUACUUAAAACAACAAUUUGCCAGCGAGUUAAUAAUAAACUUAAUGUAAGAUAUGUUCUCUGAAAAAAAAAAAAUUAUAGUCUAAUUAUCUUACAAAAUUGUUUUUCAAGUCAUUUCAAUUUUUCUGUUAUUUACUGUAGAUAUGUUUUCUGGAAAACAUGACAAAAAUAAUCAUUAAGAAGAUGGAUUUUUUUUUUUUUUUUGUUUGCAGUAUAUGAUGACUUUGGGCCCAGAAACAUUUGAUUUAAUUAAAUGUGCAAGAGUAAUGUUGUUCUUCAAUGACAGAAAGUUAAAAAACAAGAAAAGACACAUGGAAGAAAGAACCAAAAAAACCAACACAGGUGUUUAGUAUUUAUUUUGUUUCUUUGCUGCUGCGAGGAACAUCAUCAUUAUUUGUUUGAAUAAAGUCAUAAUGUAAUUUUUUUUAUGUAAUCUUUAUUCUGUUAAUGGUAAUUGCCUAUUGGCAUUCCUAUGGUCCAAAUGAUAAGACAGACCAAGAACUGUCUCUGUGGUCUUCCCCGGAACACUUACUCAUAAGAACAAUACUCUUGAGUCCUAAUUCGUAAUUCCAUACCGUGUGACUCUAAUAUGACAUUCUCAGAGAGAUGUGUCACCCUUGUUUAGCUAACCUUUACAUCGUAGAUUAUGAAAUGCGAAACGUAUGAUUUUCUUUUUUAUGACAGCUAUACAAUGCUUUUUUACAACAAAAAAACUGGUCACAUAAGUAGCAUUUCAUGCGCUACCUUGUGUGUCAUCUACCUACACCAUCAAUUGGUGUAAGAAAUACAAAUUUCAUAUGGGCACAAGGGAAGAGACCGAAAAAGGAGGAAGAACACUGGCUUAUGUUAGUUUCAGGGUGGAAAAGUUAGGGCUCUUAUUCACGACCUCUGUCCACUCAAUAUCUUUAUUAUCAUUCUUUCUCAUCCAGCUCUGAGUCGUCUUAAAAUGUUUGCUGUUUUCAUUAAAAACCAUUCCACAACAAUGUAAGAUAUAUAGUAGGAUUUUAAAAGAGUGAAGAUCUGUUCUUUUCUAUUUGUAACAUUUUGAUUAUAUUUUUUUUUUUCCUAUUUCUUGAAAAAAGAUGACAGUGCAUUUUGUUGUAUUUUGUUAUUAAUUCAGUUGAUACCAUAAUUGUCAUUUAAUUGCAGUUUCAUUAACGGGGAAAUGGAAACUGCUUCAUGAAAUGGAAAAUAAAC